AUGAAGUCGCAGCAUUCUAAUUCUACUUCCAAUCGAGGAGGUUAUGGUUCUACCAAUGGAGCCCCAUAUCCACGUGGAAAUCCCCACCAUUUUGAAUACCGACCAAAAAACGGACAACAGCACGAAAUACCUUCCCAAAUGACCCAUUCUGGAACGGAUGGAAUGGACGCUAAUGCCCCCGUCUUUAAACAAGGCGGAGGUGCUUUUCAUAUGCAACAUACAUCACGACCUUAUAAUGGACCGAUGGGUUAUUCAUCUGCUUAUCCCAUUAGUGGUCAACCAGGUAUCCCACGAGGUCCUCCUGGCCAUAAUCAUCAUCAUCCGUCAAGGAUGCGUGGACCUCCACGAGGAGCCAUGCAACAACAACAACAAUAUAUACCUCGAGGAGGUGAUAUGAAUCCAGGAGCCCAAGGAUAUUAUCCACCACAGAUGCAGAUGCAGAUGCCUCCACCUUAUAUGAUGGGGCCAGGUCAACAUUAUAUGGGAGGCCCUCCUAUGUACACUAUGCCACCAUUGCAAGACAUGGGGAUGGGCAUGGGCGGUAUACCUAUGCCUAUGCCGAUCCCACAGCCACAGCACCAACCGCCACCGAAGCGAGAGCUUAAGAUAUUGGAUAUCAUUAACCCCAAGACAGGAAAAGCCAUUGAACUUGGACGGAACUCGUCUUCGGCACGAUCCAGUGAUGAUAGUACGACAACUGCGGCUGCAAGCACGAGCACUACAGCGCAGAGUACCCCACAAAAGAAGGAGCCGACACCUGUUAAGAAACUUCCUGCUGCGGAGACCUCUCAGGUUGUUGCGAAGCAGAAUGGAGCAGUGGAAUCUGUCACAGUUUCGCCGAAAUCUCCAAAAGAGAAGAUUGCUACACCAAUAGUAGCAGACUCUGCAAAGGAAUCGACGCCGGCUCUAGAUAUUGCUGCCACGGGGAAGACGGAGACGUCAGCUGACAAGGCUGCAGCUACGACUGUUACAAAGACGGUCGAUAAAAACUUGGAGACUAGCAAAAGUGGAUCUUCUACUCCCACGACGACCAAUACAACCGCUACUACGAUCAAUACUUCGUCGCCGAAGCCGACGACACAAACUUCCAUGGAGCAAAGCGAGAAAAUCUCAUCAGCUGGUAAGCAGUCGGACAGGGUAUCUUCGGAAAAGAAAUCGCGUGAUCACGAUGUUGCUUCUCCAGCGCUGCAGCAGGAAGCACCAGUUGUGGAGAAGGAAGACAAGGUGCAAGCUGACGUCCACGCAAUUGAGAAAAAAACGGAUGUGAGCGUUACCCUUGGAAGGAAGUCGGGUGGCAAGUUAACAUACACGCUAGAACUUCUGAUGAGCUUUUCUGAGCAAUACAAAAACCUUCCGGAUGCUGUAACAAAUUUGGAUGCCACAUGGCCGUCAAUGGAGAUUACUCGCGAGGUUGCCAUGCCACGAAGUAGUUCCCGUGGAGGACGCGGUGGAACUGGUUGGGAACGUGGUGACAAGCAGUCUGGUGGAAUUGGACGUCAAGGACCUCGUAGUGGGUCGGGCGGUGGCCAGUGGGCACGAUCGCAGGACCUACCGAAGCGAAGUGGUCGUGGAGAGCGCGGAGAGCGUGGGGAGCGUGGCGGACGUGGUGGGCGUGGCGGCCGUGGGGGCUCCCCGGACCCACCUCUUUUGGAUGGACCUGUUAAGCCUCUGACGCGGUCAGAGAACCGGUGGAUUCCUACCAAAAACGUUUCAACUUUGGAAGUGACGAAGAAAAAUGUGAAUGGUAUCUUGAACAAAAUGACUCGCGAGAAAUUUGAACGUCUGUCUAGGCAGUUGACUAGCAUCAACAUGGAAAGUCUUGAGAUGCUGCAAGCCGUUAUCAAAAUCAUUUUCGACAAGGCGGUUGGUGAGCCGCAUUUUUGUGAUAUGUACGCAGAUUUAUGCGUGCAUCUUCAGAUGAAUUGGAAGGUGUGGUCGUUCUUGAAAAUUGUGCAAAAUGACGACGAUAAAAUGUUUUACUGGACGGCGAUGUCCGAAUCGGACUCGGAAGUUGUUGGACCGUUCGACAAGGUUAAUGAUGUAUUGGAGUCGGCCAGCAGUAAUGAGUUUGAGCCUGUUCCUGCUCCUUCGAACUUGAAGCUGAGCGAAGCUCGUGUCAGGGACCACAAGUUUAUCAAGGUGUGGGUGCAAGAAGAUUCGGCCAAGCCUCAGUACUACUGGUCGGGCCAAGACUUGGACGACUUGGGAGACGAUCAGGUGUUGAACGGUCCAUAUGAAAACCAUGAGACCGCAAGUCAAGUUGCUAUCAAGACAUACUCAUUCAAGCGCAUUUUGUUAAAUGCUUGCCAAGAGGAGUUCGAGAAAGAUAACAUAUAUGAAGAACUGGAAGAGAAAUUCAAGAAGGACAAGAAAGACGGUAAGAUCACGCCACAGAUGGAGGCUAAUUACGAGGAAAAACGAUUGAUCAUGAAGUUGCGCAUGCUUGGUAACAUUCGCUUUAUUGGUGAGCUAUAUCGAAAGGGGAUACUUCAGGAGCGCAUCAUGCAUGGAUGCAUUAUGAAGCUGAUGGAUGUUCGUUUGAAUGAUGACAGCGUGCUGGUGUGUGUACACCCUGACAAUCCUCCCGAUGAGGAGAGCAUUGAGUCGCUGGCAAAACUACUGACUACGAUGGGAAAAGACCUGGAUAAGCACGGUGCGGAAGGUUUUAUGCCAUUGUACUUUCACUACAUGGAAAACAAAAUGGUAAAGGACAAACGCCUAUCGUCCCGUAUCACCUUUAUGAUCAAAGAUGUCAUCGAGUUGCGUCAGCAUAGAUGGGAACCGCGGCGCAAGGAGUUGAAGCAAAAGACAUUGACUGAAAUUCGAAAGGAGGCGGAACGAGAAGCACGUGCCCCUCCAAGCAGCGUGCCAAGUGGAGGUGGUCGCGAACGAGGAGAUCGCGAACGAGGAGAUCGCGAUCAUUUUCGGUCGGACCGUCGACCUAACUCGUCCCGCGAUGGCUUUAACAGCAACAAUAACAAUCGUUCCACCAUGGCACCUGUAUAUCAACACUCGCAGUCAAUGAGCAGUCGUGGCAACAGCAACAAGCAGAUGCCGCUUCCGCGUGGUAUCGGAGCGCGUGAUGAUUCGGUGAAGACUGGACCGUCCGGAAGACCCGCUGACUUUGGAGCUCGGCAGAGUGGACGUGGCGGCCCUAGUGGUGCACCAGCGAGCUUUCCUACCAGCCGUCGUGGACCAGCUGUUGGUGCGAAGAAGCCCGAAUCGCCUGCUCGCUCGAGGGUGAUUCCUCCGCUUGACGAUGAGUCCCACGACAAGAUUGGCAAGAAAGCCAAGUCGAUCGCGGAGGAGUACGUCUCUAUUGUUGAUCUAAAAGAGGCCGAAGCCUGUCUUGUGGAGGCCCAGAAGGAACACAAGAACCACGAGGACGUAAAUGGUGUCUUUGCUUUUGCGGUUUUGAAGGAGGCCAUCGAUGCAAAGGCAGGAGUGCGUGAAAAGAUGGUUGAGAUGCUUGAAAAACUGAGCCUGGAGAUGAAGAGCCUUUCGUUUGUCGGUAUCCGCUACGCUAUCGUUAAGACGCUUGAGCUGUGUGGCGAUCUUUGGUGCGACGUACCGAAGCUUCACGAACACAUGGCUGAUUUUGUAGUACGUUUUCUGAAGGAUUCGUCGCUCACCGGGGUGUCGCUGGAUUGGGUUCUGGGCAAAUGCCUUCAGUCAGUGGAUAAGGAUGCUAUGGAGGAAUUAAUCGCUGGAGGAUUCCUGGCUGCUAUGCUGGGUGCAAUACUGAAGCUGUUGAAGACAGACGAUGUGGAGAAGGCAAAGAAAGAGAUUCGCGCGACGAAUAUUACGGUAUUGAGUGUCUUGCCAUCACACAAGCAGUCUCUCGAGGGGAUGCAGGAGUGGAUAAAGAAGUAUGAUCUUGAGGACGUGUUUUUGCUGGAGCCUGCUUUUGAUGUUGUGGACCGUGUACGCAAGGCCUCUUCAAUCCGUGAGGUUGUUGCGUUUGUUGAGACCAGCAUUCCUGAUGCAAUUCGCAAUGAUCCAUUGUUUGCGACGUACACGUGCUUGUUUAUUCUGAACCUGUCACAGGAGGGCGAGCUGCCGUCAUCUGAUUGGUGCCUGCUUCUGACAGGCUUCUGUGGCAGUCCUGUCACCCAAGUUCGGCUCGUCUCGGCCAUUUUCCAGACGCGAAAUGACAACGACGAAGUGAAAAAACUGCUCAAACAUUUGGUGAAGGAGAAUGCAGUCCCCCUUGCACUCAACAAGUGGCUCGAGCUGCAGAACGACAAUAGUGUGAGUAGGAAGCGCGUGCUGGAGGAGCUAGGCGAAUUCGUAGAGACAUUGGCUCGGACGAAGUGA